GUUGCGGGGCUUAUUCGACGGCCCACGUACGCGCGCCGCUCUGACAGAUAUUUCUGGAGCGCGCUGACGGUGGCGGUGGUGUACGCUCUUCCGGUCGUACAGCUACUCUUCAUGUAUCAAAGGAUGGUCUUCCAAACCGGCAACCAAGACCUAUGCUACUACAACUUUUUCUGCGCGCACCCGCUGGGCCCCCUCGCGGACUUCAACCACGUCUACUCGAACAUAGGCUACGUCCUACUAGGCAUCGCCUUCAUGGCCCAAGUGAGGAUACGGCAGGUGGCGCAGAGGAAAAAACAGGGUGCGGAAUUGGGCAUCCCUCUCCACCACGGCAUCUUCUACUGGAUGGGGCUGGCCCUCAGCAUGGAGGGCAUACUCUCCGCCUGCUACCACCUGUGCCCCAACAAGAUGAACUUCCAGUUUGAUUCGUCGUUCAUGUACGUGUUAGCGGUGCUGUGCAUGAUCAAGCUGUACCAGAACCGUGUCUGUUUGUAUAUAUUUGACAGCCACGAUCUCUGGCACGCGGCGUCCGCGGCCGCCCUGUACCUGUCCUUCAACAUGUUGCUGACUAUAGACGACCCAUUAGCUGACACCCUUAGGGAACUCAUACCUGUGUUUUAA